AUGACGGCCACCUGCGUAAUCUCGCCUUGUCCCCAACCUGUCUUCACACACGCCACCUUGGAACCAAAAACCCUCCUGUCCACCGAAUUUGGUUUGUGGCCCGCUCUCUGUCGCUCAAUUGGCUCUCUGCGCUUGUUUUCUCGUUGGCAGCUGCAGCGGUUAGCUUCCUUUGCAACUUACCCCAACACUAUGAGGUCAUCAUCGUUGCGCAACCCAAAGUCAUUCCCAACCGGCAUGGAGAAAAUGAAGAACGUCCUUCAUGGACACAAGAAGACGGAAGAGACCACUUCUCACAAUCCACACGCAUCUCCCCCGGUUGCUGCUGGAGGGGCUGGAGAGACACACCCCAUCUAUGAUCAGAUGACGGAGAGAAAGGAGGGCAAGCAUGCUCCUCUAGGUCAGCCGGUCUAUGAGAUAAAGACGACGAGCGGCGAGCCAUAUACGACGCUCGCACAACCUCGGCAUGCUGUUGACGGCAAGCAUGGACACGAGAGUACUUCUGCCACGACCACGCAAGAACAUCGGCCAGAUGCAAAGACCAGUGGUACAGAAAUGAGUACUGCCAGCAUCAAGAGUGGUGUGAUUGGUUUCGGCCCCGGCGAGCAGGGACAUGCCGCUUUACCCACCCAGAACUCAAUCGAGCAGAACUUGUCUCCAGACCAUGUUGUAGGAGGUGGAAAUCUAGGAAACUCACAAGGGAACGGCCUAGAUCAAAAUACAACCAUUGGGUCCACUUCUCAGUCUCCCGCAGUACCCGCUGCCGAUCUGGGGGCCAUCAAGGAACAACAACCGUAUGGGAGUUAUCGGCGACAGGAGAGCUACACUGUAGAUACCAACCGCAUAUUUCCCCUCGCUGGGGGAGUGACCUCGCACCAUGGCGAUGGUCCUGUUGGAUCUACGACAUACAGCAAGGAGGAUGCUUCUACCAUUCCUUCUGUGACACAGACAUCUGCUGCCCAGUACCCAGCUGAGCCAACGUCAACGCUACACGAAGAGAGCAUCACUGGCCGAGAGCCAGACCAUCACCAACAGGGCACUGACGUUAGUCAUUCCCAUGGCCGAGAGGCUUUGGCUGGAGCGGCUGCGGCUGCGGCUACCGUGGGAGCUACACAGAGCAGGGAUCGUUCAGACAAGAGAGAUGUCGACACUCAUGGCCACACCUUCAAUUCUGCCGCGACUAUGAACAGUUCUAGUGAACCCGGAGAGGAACAAGGUCUGCUAGCAAAGGCUAAGAACCUCAUCGGUUUGGGCACAACAAAGGAGCACGAGGUAUCUCAUCAGGAGCCAAUGGAUACCACUAGCACCCGCUCUGCACAAGGCCACCAUCUUGAAGCUGUUGAUGGAGCUACCAAUCCUGUUGAGACGGGUGAUUCAGUCACUGGUUCCUUUGCUAAUGAACGUCCCCAAGCUUCGCGACUAGAAUCCCAUCACCGCCAUAUUCCUGGUGAGUUCAUUAGUACACCAGGCGAGCAUGGCAACACUUUCCUGGACUACACAUCAGUUGUUCAGCCAGCUUCCACUUUGACUGCGCCAGCACUAGGUGUGGGGCCUACCCCUAUAUCCGCUGCUACUGCCACUCAUCAGGAACCGACUUCCACCCUAGGAUCAUCUACCGGCACACACUCGACCGCGAUUCCUCAUUCCACCACGGAUCAGCAUGAACUCCGGCACACUGGAACGCUAGAUGACCCCCUUUCAAGGUCUUCCGAGGAUCAUCACCAUGAUAGAGAUGCUGUAAUGGCUGGUGGCCUUGGUGCGGGCGCCGCUGGCUUAGCCGCACACUCAGCCCACCAAAGUCGGGCAACUACAGAGGUCGACGCUAGCAAGCCUCUGUAUGAAGAGACGAGUCCAUAUAGCUCCAAGAUGCUUGACCCACGUGUCUCCGGCGUACAGGAUCCACUUGAGGAACACCGGUUUGAUUCUCAAGCCAGUUCGACUGGAAUUGCUCCCUCCCGAAUUGUGCAGACAUCUAGUACUGCUGGCAAUCCUUCGGCAUCGGGGUCGCAGCAUCAUCCAGGUAGGGAUGCUGGAAUCAUGGGCGGUGCUGCUGUCGGUGGAGCUGCAUUGCAGCAUUCUCUCCAACGCAACAAUGCCCCUGGAUCUGGCUCAACAGUUCUUCCCCACGAGACUGCUCAUAGUUCAAUACCUGCUUCGUCUGCACCCCAUCACUCAACGAAUCUCACUGCUCCACCAGCGUCUUCUACCGUAGCAGCACCGCAUGAUGAGUUCUACGGCACUAGGGGGGCUCCAGCACCGAUGGCGGAUCAUACCACACAACCCCAGCAAUCGUCCAUGGUAUCAGCACCAACUUCAGCUCCAGACAAAGAUGCUGGCCAUGGCUAUGGACGUAACGCAGCAAUUGCAGGAGCAGGAGCACUUGGAGCUGCUGGUGUCUACACCGCAGCUCGCGGUGACGAUACCAAUAGAGGUCCCGCAUCCAGCACGACAUCGCCCUCAGAACAUGGCUUGGCUUCUAGCACCGGUCUUACGUCUGCCACAGGAACAGAGACAGGGCCAGCUUCGAAGACGAUUGGUCCGCACUCCAGCAACGUAGCAAACAUUUUGGAUCCAAGGAUUCAACCGGACCCGGCCUUGCAAAAGAGCCACAACACCACCGGACCCCAUCAAUCUGACACAUUUGACCGUCUAGAUCCCCAAGUCGAUGGCAAAGCUGCGCAUUCGGAUCAUCACUACGGUCGGGACGCAGCCGUGGUAGGCGGUGCUGGCGCUGCAGGAUACGGUGCUCAUGAGGCCAUCCAGGCCUAUGGGAACCACAGGAUGACACAGCCAAGUGCGUCUAUGAAUGAACAGAGGUACGACCCGACAACCCCAGGAGCAAACGCUCCCAGUCCGGUGGCACCAAAAAGUGAAUACAACUACAAUGAUCCGACCAUCCACAGCAACGUGAACCGCGCCGAGCUAGAUGUGGACAGUAACACUGGACGUAACGCUGGUCUUGAGGGUCUCACAGGUCCUGGGCUUGUGGGUGCAGGAGCUUACGCUGGUUCGAGGCAUGCUGAAAACAAUCAGCAAUUGCGUCUCCACCAAACGACGCAAGACUUUGCAUUAGGUUCUGCAGGACAAGCUGACCCAAUUCGUGGAGUAACUCACGAUACCUUUCCAAGGAACAGCGCAAACCAGACCUCAUACCCAACUCACGAAACAUCAUCAUCAUAUCCCGCACAGGGUGCCAUUGUGCCACAAAACACACAAGCAUUAGGCUCGACUAGCCAGCGGCCGUAUGAUGCCACUCGAGAUCCCGCUGACCAAGGCCACGACAAGCGAAAUGCUGCACUUCUUGGUGCAGGUGGAGCUGCUGCUAUUGGUGGCGGCGCAUAUGCAUUCUCCCAACGGGAUGAUGGUGAACAAGCUAGAUUAGCAGAACGAGAGCAGGAGCGUUUGAAGAAGGAAGCCCAUGAUCGAGAGAAGGAGCGGCACAGACUCGAAAAGGAGCAACACAAACAUGAAAAGGAGGUGCACAAGCACGAAAAGGCUAUAGCGGCCCACGAAACAGAGCAGCACAACCUGCACAACGAGCAAGAAAAGGAGCAAAAACUUCUCACCAAAGAACAACAUGAGCGCGAAAAGCAGGCCGACAAGGCCGACAAGGAGAAAAAAGGUGGCCUCCUCGGCUUCCUGCACAGAGACAAGUCUAAAAAGGAAAAGUCGGCCAUCAGCCCAGAGCCGUCGCCCCGCGCAUCAAGAGAGCAUAGCAGACGCGUCUCGAGAGAUGUGCCCAGCCCCAGACACUCGAAGGAAUAUCCGGCUGGUACUGCUACUGCUACUGGCACUGCUAUUGGUGCCGAUGGUGCUACCGGCGCUGCAACCACCACAACGACGGCCCAUGAUGAAAACCACCCCGAUCAUCCUCGCUGGAAGGGUAAACAUUUGCUACACAAGGAUCCGCCAAAGGGUCAUCCGGCACGCGAGGUGCUUGAGCAAUGA